AUGCCUUACCCUUUUGAAUUAGCCGGAGGCAAAGACCGAAGAAGAGAGACUGAACUAAAAAGGGGUAAGUAUUGGGAAGAGGGGGGGGGGGGGGUUGACGGUAAGCGCCUGUGGAAUACCUCAUAA